AACAAGAUAGAUCUCGGAACUAUGUACUCAUGCGUCGGAGUCUGGCAGCACGGUAGAGUCAAAAUCAUUGCCAACGAUCAAGGAAACCAUACGACGCCGUCUUAUGUUGCCUUUACAGAUAGUGAAAGGUUAGUCGGUGAUGCCGCCAAGAAUCAGGUCGCAAUGAACCCUACCAACACUGUCUUCGAUGCGAAGAGGUUGAUUGGAAGGAGAAUCAGUGAUUCUUCUGUUCAGAGAGAUAUGAAGUUGUGGCCUUUUAAGAUUACUUCUGGUCCUGGUGAGAAGCCUAUGAUUAGAGUUACCUACAAGGGUGAGGAAAAGGUGUUUGCUGCUGAGGAGAUUUUUGAAGUUAAGGCUUUUGUUGAUGAAGAAGCCAAAGAGGAAGAUGGCAGUGACACUGAUCUACAUCGUUUCAAAGAUAAUGAAAAAUAUGGAGGAAUUUCUCUUGAAUCUGUUUGGUGGAAAGCAAGAAUUGGUGAAGAUUCUAUCAUUGCUAAUUUAGAUUCAGGCAUUUGGCCAGAACAUGUGAGCUUUAGCGGUAUCAGCUAUGGUCUAGUGCCACCAAAAUGGCGUGGGAAUGAGGCAUGUGAGAUUGACCAUUGUAUAACUUUUUCAAAUGCAACACCAUUCUGCAACAGAAAGCUAAUUGGAGCAAGAAUAUUCAGCAAAAACUACGAAGCACGAUAUGGAAAUCUCAACCCUGCAAACCUCACAGCACAUGACUUCAUUGACCAUGGAACACAUAUCUUAUCAACAGCUGCAAGUAACUUUUCACCAGACGAAACAAUCUUCGGCAAUGGCACUGCAAAAGGUGGUUUUCCUAGAGCACGUGUAAAAUCUUACAAAGUAUGUUGGUCAAAAACUGAUGUAGCUGGAUGUCAUGAAGCUGAUAUUCUAGAAGCGUUUGCUCAUGCUUUAAAUGACGAUAUUUAUGUGAUUUCAACUUCGUUGGGUGUUUCUAAUGUUAAAGCUUUGUUUACAUAUGGGAUUUCGAUUGGGGCAUUUCAUGUUGUUGCAAAGAAUGGUGUUAUUGUUGUUUGUUCUGUGGGGAAUGAUGGACCUGUUUCUAGCACUAUUAUGAAUGUUGCUCCUUGGUCUUUUACUGUGUCUGCUAGUACAAUUGAUAGGGAGUUUGUUAGCCAGAUUAGUAUUGGUAGCAAACAAUACAUUAUGGGCGCUAGUCUUAGUAAAGGCUUACCAUCAGGUCCAACAUAUAUAAUAUAUCCACUUUUGAAGUUUGUGUUGCAAAGAAUCAGUAUCAGGUCCAACACAUAUAAUAUAUCCACUUUUGAAGUUUGUGUUGCAAAGAAUCAGUGA